GAGGUGCCUGUGACAGACUUUGGAGGUAUAGCACAUUUGUCUUAAACUUUUCUAUUGGCACAGGCUGCCUUCUUGCUUGGAGGAGCCUCUGUCUGACUUCCAGGGAUGAAGUCGUCCAUCUCCUUGCUGAAUAGCAGCUCUGGCUUGUGCUGGGGAGACCAAUGCUAACUGUCAGAUUUUGAUGCAGUGGCUGUGCUUUCAGGACGGUAAAGAUGAAGCACUGCUACUACAACGAGAGUGUGGGGUUUUUCUACAACAACAGCCGGAAGGAGCUGACCUCCUACUGGAGGACCAAGGAUGUCUUGGUCGUUGCCCUGGGCCUGACAGUCAGCGUCAUCGUGCUCCUGACCAACCUGCUGGUCAUCAGCGCCAUCAUUAUCAACCGGCGCUUCCACUACCCCAUCUACUACCUGCUGGGGAACCUGGCAGCAGCGGACCUCUUCGCGGGCAUUGCCUACAUGUUCCUCAUGUUCCACACGGGGCCCAGGACAGCAGGGCUUUCCCUCAGGACCUGGUUCAUCCGGCAGAGCCUCCUGGACACCAGCCUGACUGCCUCGGUGGUGAACCUGCUGGCCAUCGCAGUGGAGAGGCACCAGACUGUCUUCACUAUGCAGCUGCACAGCUCCAUGUCCAACCAGCGGGUGGUGAUCCUGAUCAUCUGCAUUUGGGUCACAGCCCUGCUGCUGGGUCUCAUCCCAUCCUAUGGCUGGCACUGCCUGUGCGACCUGGGCAACUGCUCCAGGAUGGCGCCCCUCUACAGCAGGAGCUACUUGACAUUUUGGGCCCUUUCCAACCUGGUCAUCUUCCUGAUCAUGGUGGUCGUCUACACUCACAUCUUUGUCUAUGUCAAGAGGAAGAUGACACGCAUGUCCAAGCACACUAGCUUCCACCCCCGCUACAAGGAGACCAUGAUCAAUCUCAUCAAAACCGUCAUCAUCAUUCUCAGCGCCUUCGUUAUCUGCUGGACUCCAGGGCAGGUGCUGCUCCUGCUGGACGGCCUGGCCUGCGAGAGCUGCAAUGUGCUGGCAUUGGAGAAGUAUGUCCUCUUGCUGGCAGAGAUCAAUUCGCUCAUCAAUGCCAUUGUCUACUCCUAUCGGGACAAUGAGAUGCGUAGCACCUUCUGGAAGAUCCUCUGCUUUAUCUGCUACAGGAAUCCUAAAUACUCUCCUGCAUCGGUCAAGUCCAACGUCACGAAACGCAGGAUUCUCUCUCAGAACGGCCAUUCUACCAUGGACUCCUCCCUGUAGGAGCCUAGCUCAGGGGUCAUUCACGCUGCUCCAUAGCAACCACCCGAGAGCAGAGACCCAGGGUGAUCUGUUUGUCAAGCAGAAGAACAUUUAAAAAAAAUAAACUUGUUCGAAAGCAUAAAUGUUUGAAUAAAGAGUGGCGUCAGCAGAAUGGGGCGAAAAGCUAUUAAGGCAGUGCAGAGCAGUGCCUUGCUUGGCACAGACUUUGAGUUACAUACCCACUAUUAAAGAGGUGCUGUUUUUAACAGCACUGUUGAUUUAAUUUAGUAGCCUCCAAAAGGCAUGCUCCACGUUAACCAAGACACUUGUAUGAGUAUUUCUACAUGUAUUGUCUUAGUUCUUCAGUAUUACUACCUACAGGAAUGGUCAUUCCAGUGCUGUGGUAUUCCAGGGCCAAAGCCCAAAGUCCUCUUGCUUAAUCUGUCCUUACUUAUUGAAAUCUGCAAGAGCUUUACUUGAGACUUUUGAGUGAGAGACUUCUCACCCACAGAUUUUGAAAAUCCUGUUCUCUUUAAGGUGUCUCUAGGGAAGAUGCAGUUUAUGUGAAUUCCUUUAUGAGAAGCAGUUUGCUGCUUUGCUGGUGUGUCUGUUACUGAAUUUCCAAGUAUUGUGGGCUUUUCCAGAAUGUCCGAGGAGCACAUACCACUUUCCUGAGCUGGAGAGUUAAGCUGCAGCUAGAAGCUCCAAUAGCGGCGUUGUUCUGUUCAGUGUGCAGCACAGUACUUUAUAGUCUUGACUGCAGAUUCAUUGCCUAUUCAUGAAGAUGCAGUGAGUCAUGUUCCUAUGAAACUAACCUUUUCCACUCACUAAGAGCCCUUCGACCGCCUUGUGUUGGAAUCUGAGGCAAUCAGCACUUUCCCCUAGAUUUUAAUGUGCAAUUUGUAGCAUAACCCUCAGUUCAAAUAGCAUGUAAACACCAUCAUUUCAAAUGUGGUCUUGAAGGCAAACCAAGACCUCUUUUGUCUCCGCGCAGCACAGAAACAAGAAGCAUUUCUCACCAUCAAUAUGCUUAGAGCCAAAUUCUCUGCUAGAGUAACUCCGCUGAUUUCAGUGGAGUUAUGGCACCAGAGUAUUCGGCUCUUGACACCUACGUGAACACUGCGAUGAUCGAAGUUGUGAUUGUCAUUUUUGCGCCCCCUACUGGAGGCAGACGUUUUGCUAUAGAGAGAAUAUUUAUGACACUGGCUGUGUGGGAGUCUAAACAAUUCUCCGAACUUCUUCCAUGUCCUUAACAAAACUUUAGGGUGAGAUUUGCAAAAGCACUCCGCAUUGGGCUGAGUCUGCUCCCUUGGCGCCAGUGGGAGCGGAGGUAGACCAACACCUGUAACCUUUAAC